CUCCUCAUUGAUUCCAAGAAGCCUUUAGUUAAACUUAGAUCGUCGGAAAACAUAGAUUUUGUCAUGAAUAUUAAUCACUCAUUAGCGACGCGAUCGUUUACCCAUAUCGAUUUUAUUUCCGACAUGGAAGCAUUUUAUGAUUGUAGUGCUUACAACUUUAAUAGUAAAACUAAUCAACCGCAUUACUACGACAAUAAUAACGGUAUUCAAGAUUCGUACAAAAUCCGUAAUUGUUUUGACUGUUUUAGUGAAAGUUACGAAUAUUCGCGUAUAACCAACAACUUGGCUGAGCCGAAAGUUUCGGCAUUAUGGCAUAACAAGACCGCCUUAGUAGAUCAAUCGUCUAUAAGCAAUUUGCACAAUUUUCAUUCAAAUCGUAACGAAAUAAAAAAACUGAGUCCGGAUGAUACUGGUGAUGAGUGGAAUGAUAAGAAAAAUAACUCUUCUCUUGAUAUUAAACACGACGAUCUUCUAAAGUCAACAUUUCAUAAAUGUGGCAAUAAUACAGUUUAUAAAACCCGAUUUGAAGAUGCUAAAUUGAAUGAGAUAGCUACAAGUUUUAAUGCUCCUCAUGUAGGAAACCGAAAAGAGAGAACAGCGUUUACCAAAGAGCAAAUAAGAGAGUUGGAAGCCGAAUUUGUGCACUCCAACUAUUUAACUCGCCUCAGGAGAUAUGAAAUAGCUGUUGCUUUAGACUUGACAGAGCGCCAGGUCAAGGUGUGGUUUCAAAACAGGCGCAUGAAGUGGAAGCGCAUAAAACUGGAGUCUCAAGAGGCGCAAUUCACGGCAGAGUCCCCUCACACAAAUAUCAAGUAUUGA